GCUUCAUGGGCGUGAACGCAGACACCCGAGCUGAGCCUAAGCUGGAGUGCCCGGAGGAUGACUUGCUCAAAUUCAGCGGUCUUUUCCAGCGCUCUUUGGGAGACGAGUUUGGCAAUGCCAUCCGCGGCGACAUCUCGAAGCUCACGGCCUCCUACGGUGUGAUCAUCGUCUACUGCGCCAUCAUGAUCGGCAAGUGCGACGCAAUCCAUUCCGGGGUCUUCCUGUCCUUUGUGGCGGUGAUCAUUGUAGGAUUGACCAUCGGAAGCACAUUGGGGCUCAUGGGCUACUUCGGUGUGCCCAACGGCAACUUGAACAAUAACCUCUACUUCCUGCUCCUGGGCUUGGGUGUGGACGAUGCCUUCGUGCUGAGCUCUGAGUUCAUGCGCCAUUCCCGGGAGGACGGCCAAGGCAAGAGCAUCGCGGAGCGCAUCGCUCUCACUGCCAAAACCGGUGGCAUCUCGGUCCUGAUCACCUCUGCCACGGAUGCUUUGGCCUUCCUGGUUGGUGCCACAACGGUGCUGCCGGCCCUGGGAUGGUUCUGCACCUACGCGGGCGUGUCCAUUGUUCUAUGCUACACCUUCCAGCUCACAGUGUUCCUUCCUUGUUUGGCCCUGAAUGCCCGGCGUGUGGAGGCCAACCGCGUUGAUUGCUGCUGCUGUUUUCACAGCAAGGAGCGCUCCAUCGAGGACCCUCAGGGAUGCUGCUGCGGCUGCUGCCUCCCCAAGGCGGUUUUCAAGGGUGGCCAUCUCUCCAAAGGCCUUGCAGGCUUCAUGCGCAAGGUUACCACGCCUGUGGGGCAGGCAGUGACCUUCAUCCUCUUCGCCGCCCUUACAGGCGUCGGCAUUUGGGGUUCCACAAUGAUCUACAAGGACUUCAAGCUCGAGUGGUUCAUCCCAGACUCGUCCUAUGUGAACGAGUUCUUCAAUAUCAACUCCGAGUACUUCGCCACGGGCACUCCCAUCACAGUGAACAUGCGCGAGACGCCGGCAACCUUCGAGGCACAGAGCAACCUCCGCGAGAUGUACGAUUACUUGACAACAACGGACCUCGUGAACCAGGAUGUGGCGGUGGACAGCUGGUACGAGGAGUUCAUGUCCUGGGCCGUGGACCCUAGCCAAGCUGUUACUUCCAGUGCCGUCUUCACGCCCUCGCGCACGGAUGCGAAUGCCAUCUUCCAGGACUCUACGGCUUUCUACACCGCCCUCUACACCUGGUACCGUGGAACCACCGGCUCCCGCUACCGCGGCUCCAUGAUUUGGGCCUCCAAGGACUGCAAUCUUGACGGCACCUCCGAUGUGAUUCCUGCAGGCUGUGUGAUCACCGAUGGUCUGAAGGCUAGCCGCUUCAAUGCGGAGUUGUCCCUCUCGGCCACGGACAAGGGCACCAACCGCUACACGACCAUGACGUCCAUGCGCGCAAAGUGCGAUGAGCUCUACCCGGGCUCCUUCCCGUACAGCUUCGACUUCCUCUACUGGGAGGAAGUUGGAGUGAUCGACGUCGAGUUGGUGCGCAACCUCCUCAUCUGCGGUGGAGUCAUCUUGGUGGUGAUUUUUGCUUUGGUGCCCGCACCGCGCAUCGCGAUUUGGGUGGUGCUUUGCGUGGCCCUGUCCAUCGUCGACACCCUGGGGUUCAUGUACUUCUGGGAUGUGACCAUCAGCGGCGUCUCCACAAUUUACCUCCUGAUUUGUGUUGGCCUGGCUGUGGAUUACGCAGCGCACAUUGCCCACAUGUUCAAGGAGUCUGUGGGCAGCCCUCGCGAGCGAGCCAUUGCCGCAGUGGAGCGCAUUGGGCCGUGCACCUUCAACGCAGUCCUGUCCACGCUGCUUGCCGUCGUGGUGGUUGGCUUCUCUGACAGCUACGUCUUCAGGAUCUUCUUCAAGGUCUUGUUCUUGGUCGUGACCAUUGCAGGGGCUCACGGAUUGUGGCUCUUGCCAGCUAUCCUCUCACUGUUGGGAGGGUCCAAGGAGGCCAAGUCUGAGUCCUGA